AUGUCAUCAGUAGCAUCAACAUCCGCACCUGGCGACCUUCGAAGAUGUUUCGAGUGUAAUCGCAGUCCCCCGAACGGCGCUAAACUUCAAAAAUGUGCCGGGUGUUCGAGCUCAACGGCAUUGUAUUGUAGCAAGAAGUGCCAGAAAGCCGCAUGGCCGACGCAUAAGAUCUUGUGCUGUCGCGCCGACUGGUCAGAGCUUGAUACGGAUAUCGUCGAUCGUGAGGCGCAAUCCCUCGGAUACGCAUCCACCAAGCUAUUUUCGAAAUCCUUCUGCGACUUCUUCACCGCGCACAAGUGGGCCAUCAACAAGGCCACGAUAGCGCACAUCCUCCUCAAGAGCGGGCCGAGCAUGGAGAUCGCACGGACGAACCCGCGGCUGGAGAUCCUCGUGUUCCGCUUCCGCUGUGAGCCCCCGCCCCAGCACCGCUGCUCAACCCCGAACAAUGCAUCACCACCCUCGCACAAUGCAGCGCGUUCCACAAGGAGCACCUCAAGCGGAACGACCCCCGAUACGUCGGGAGCAUGCCCGUCAUAUACGUCGUCGACGGCGUCGCGGCCCCAACGGUGCAGCUCUUCCCAGUGCGCCGGCCGCCCCCCGAAAACUUCUUCGCGGGUGCCUUCGUGCAGACGGCGCUGGGGGACUUCGUCCGCCUCUGCGUGA